AUGGUGCAUUGUGUUGGCAGAGCUGGAAGACCAGCCUGUGUCUUGUCAGCUCCAUGGAAAGGUCAGGAACUGGCUUUGUCUUGCAUCGAGAAGGUGAAGGCUUGGAGUCCCUUGACUCUGCGACAGGAUCGUGCUGCCCACCGGACUGCGCAGACUUCAAAGUCCAGCAGCUUGUGGCCGACAGCGUCCGAAUCCCGCUUCGCAAGGCCCUGGCGAGCAUGGUCGGUCAAGAUUUGGGCGCCGACUGGCGAUGGGGACGUCGAGGAGUUCUGGGGUUUGCUGCAGGUGCCAUUGGCCAAGGAGCAUCGUGACAUUGAAAAGGUGAAGGAGGUGAUCAAGGAAGUCCAGUCUGUGGCAGAUUAUGCGCACAAGUUCAACCAGCAUAUCGCUCGUGCUGCUGGCGAGGAGCUUGACUCUGCGCCAGCCAUUCGCGUGGCUGUGCCGGUUGGCUGCUUUGUGCUCGACAGCAUCAACCCGCACAUUGCCGAUGCCGGGGAUGCACUGAUGCUGACACUCUUCGACGCAGCGGCCGUCACGAAGUUUGUCUUCGAAGGUGCCGAAGACUUUCAAGAGCUCCCACAAGCUUUCUUCCACUACGUUGCCUGGAGCAGUGGUGGCCAGGAGAUGGUGGCCGACCUACAGGGCGUACAGGACGAGCAAGACUUCCUGCUGGUCGACCCCGUGCUCAUUCGACCUCAAGAGCUCAGUCUGAAUAGCAUUCUGUCCGCGGUGAGCGGCGGCGGUGUUAACAGCACCUCACUCACUUCGCGAAGGUUAGACGAGUGGCAUCCGCGGUGUGGACAGUUGUGCAGGGCUUUUGAUCCGCAAAGAAGGGGUGGCACCACAAGGAGAGCUUGCGGUGUUCCUCUUCCCCAUUGCGGCAUCGCUGGUGGAUGA